AAACUGAAUAAUGUGAAAAAUAAAUUCAAGGUAAAAAAAAAAUUUUAUGGCUUGGCUUUCUACCUAAAAUUUGUGAAAAUCGAUGCUACUAAUCAUGGCAUUACAAAGUGAUUUACUAGAUAUCAACUACUUUAAUUUCUUUAUAAUUAUAUACCUAUGAUCUUCAGUUGACCAUGACAAUGAAAUAAAACAAAUGUAAAACAAGUUUACAUAGCCUGAUAAUAAUGUCGUGCAACAGUUUAAAUUAUUAAUUAGUUGCUGUGGUCUUUAAAAGGCGGACCAUGACCGUACACAGUUUAUUAUUGUCCAAAUGUAUUCCCGCUACUCGUUCGUUUUAAUUUUGUUGGGUGUCAUUCUGAUCAAUGGAAUCAGAGCAGCGGUAAGUUCCAUUUUCAUACCCCUAUAUCAUUUUAAUAAAACUUGUUUGCAGCGCAAAUGGGACUACGAACCCAUAUCGAUCACUGCCUUCACUUCGGAUGAGAGCCUAAUCAGUUUUAACAUAAGUCUCGUUCGCAUAGGUCGCGGAGAAUACGGAGCUUCAGCCAUUGUCGAGUGGAACUACGAUACCACUGAGGAAACCAUGGUGGAAGGCGUUGUCUACCGAAGCUCUUCGGGAGCUGAGAGCGACUACAGGGUGCUUCCUUAUUCCAUCCCCAAGCAAUCCUUUUACGAGUAUCUAAAUACCUACUACAAGGAUGUGGUAAUGAAGAACUUGGCCCACUGCUCUAAUAUACCAAUAUUUGAGGACAAAUUCCAACCGCCAUGGCCAAAGAAAACUUACAUCGGUGAUAAAUGCGUUGUUGAUGGCGAUGGGUUGCCGGAAAUUGUACCGCCUGGGAUGUAUAAAAUUGUCUGUAAUUGCACCGGACCAGACCAGCCCACAUGGGGCUUAACUAUUAUUUUUAAACUAACAAACAGAAUAUUUUGAAAAAGCAAUAGACAAGACACAUUGGUUAAUAAACAAUUGGAUUUUGUGAACAAUUUAAUAUUUGUCAGAACUGCAAUAAAUUAUCAAAGAAGUA